AUGGUGAAUUUGUUUGUCCCAUGGGCCCGUCUGCAAGCUGGCGCGUCGCCCCUCAUUCACUCCCGGCCGACCAGUGACCUCGGAAGAUACCUUGGCGGCUCUACAGCAAGCAGAGUCCGAAGAUGCUUGUCCUCUACCCAAUCGCACAGAGAUAACUCCUUUCCAUCUUUUCAGUCAGCAAACCGGCUAUCAGGGCGAACAUGCAUGGUCACCGGUGGCACAUCUGGCAUCGGCUUCGCCAUCGCUGAAAGGUUCCUGCAAGAAGGCGCAUCAACAAUCAUUCUGGUUGGCAGGUCAGAGCAACGGCUCCAAUUAGCGGCUACCAAACUUUCAAACUCCCACGGUGGGUCUUCAAAUAGAAAUGAGGCAACAGCUGUGUCAGACAAAGUCCGGCUUCUUGUUGGGGAUGUCGCAGAAGCAGGCGCGUGGAUGCGUGAACUGGAAAAGGAGAUGACAAAUGUUGAUGUCCUGGUCAAUGCUGCCGGAAUCUCAGUUUCUAGCAUUCUUCCUAAGGCUGAAUUGGCCGAUAUCUCUCGGAUUCUCCGCACAAACCUUGAAGGCGCGAUGCUGACCUCACGGGCCUUGAUGCGUGCGGCAAUUAGAAGUCGAAUCCGUAAUAAAAAGGUCUCAUCUGCCAUCAAUCCAGCCUCUUCAAAGUGCAUCAUCAACAUUUCCUCUCUACUUGCACUUAAGGCUGGAACUGGUGCGGUGCCAUACGCGGCAUCAAAAGCUGGCCUCUUGGGCCUAACACGAUCCUUGGCAGUUGAAGCCUCCGCAUCAAUGAAGGACGUGGUCAUUCGCUCCAAUGCAAUUGUUCCAGGGUAUAUUGAAACGCCAAUGAUUGCUGAUUUUACACCAGGGGAGGCUGAAAAGCUUAAAGCCAUGAUUCCCCUGCAACGAUUCGGCGAUCCAAGUGAGAUUGCGGAUGCAGCAGUCUUUCUAGCCCAGAACGAGUAUGCCAACAACUGCAUUCUGAACCUCGACGGGGGACUAAGUGCAGUCUAA